AUGCCUUACUUGACAGCAGCUCAUCUGCACGGAGAGCAUCUCGCCUCGAAUUGGGCACACUCGCCAAGGAUUGGCUCCAUGGUGGAAAGGGCGGCAAGUGAACCUGGCAGCACCCAGAAAUGCCACUUGUUCCCCACACUCGUUCACACGAUCAACUUUCGGACAAGUCAUAUGGAGAGGCAAGCAUGGGCAAGUCCGGACGAGGCUGAUGCAUCGACAAACAAGGCGUGGCGCCGGAGAAGCAUGCUUGUGCGGGGUAGAAGCAUUGCUGAAAAGCACGGCGUACAGUCGCACGAGACAAAGAUAGCUUGGUUAAAGGACCGGCCGUAUAAAGCUCGCUUGUUAGCCGGAUACUGCGGCAUGCUGGCUCGAUGGACUCUUAUCGCGGUGUCAAUAUCUGCAACCCCGCUCUCAUUCGAAGAAGAUGAUGACCCGUGCCGGGAAGAGUGCUUGGAGGCGGCGCCUGGGUACCAGGGCGAGGUUGUAAAGCUUGACCCACAUUUGUCGUCUUCGACAACGGAGCAUGCUGUCGGCUGCGGAGGAGGGUAUCGAUCGAUAGAACGGCGUGGUUGCACAGGGUAA